AUGUUGACACUGCUAUGCUUCGUGAACUUGUGGCUGAGUCUGAGUGCCUGGCAACCGGAUGUGGAUCCCUACGAAGUGUUGGGGCUCAGUCAAGGUGCAAAGAUUGACAGCGGUGUGUUGAAACAAGCUUAUCGAAAGGCAGCAUUGCAGUGGCAUCCUGACAAGGUCCCAGAAGAAAAGAAAAAGGAGGCAGAGCAGAGAUUUAUCGAAAUCUCGUGGGCAUACGAAGUCUUGUCUGACCCUAUCCGACGGAAAGCCUUUGACGAUCCACGAAAAGAUUCCAGUGCAAGUGCAGGUCAGGAGCAAGCCCGUGACACACACUGGGAACAAAGAGACUUCGACAUGGAGAAAGCCGCCGAAGUCUUCAAAGAUGUCUUCGGGAACUCAUCCGCUGAAUACUUCGACUUGAUCCAACAUUUGGCAAGGUCUUCCAAGAGCGGAUCAAAGGAGCAGUGGAAGAAGCAUGCAGAAGCUAUUCGAUCUAAAAUGGAACGGACAGGGAAGAGCUUCUCUGUUGAGACUGCUUCAGAAGAUGGCAAAGAGCGGAUUGCAACACAGCAAUCUGUGGAAGAUGAUGGGAGAGGUACGACCAAGAAGUCUGUCACCACAGUUCACACUCACACUUCAUCAGGCGGUGCCUCUCCAACUGCCAUAAGUGAUGCGGGUUCGCACCAAGCACAUCAAGCAGCAAUAGAUGCACACCAGGCAGCAAUGGAUGCCCACCAAGCAGCUCUGGAAGCUCAUAAGGCAGCUCAUGAAGCGGCCGUAAGAGCUUCUCGUGGUGGUGCAGCCUUGCCAAAGACAGACCUGUGA